UACAGCCAGAAACGUUUUGUCCCUGAACGCAAACGCACUGCUGAGCAGGAGGUGAGUAAAGUUGACAUUAUGCUGUGGUGGAGAGUGUCGAAGCCCACUGUGCGAAGUCUUUUGCUAAUUCAGGUUGUUGCAAUGGUGCUUCUGUACGGAUGGUACAGCCGUCCACCAUCUCAAAACACCUCUUUGUCCGAGGGCAAGGUGCAUGUGCUGCUGCUGUCAUCUUGGAGGUCUGGCUCAUCAUUCCUGGGCCAGGUGUUUAACCAGCAUCCGGAGGUCUUUUACCUGAUGGAGCCAGGCUGGCACGUGUGGAUGUCUAUAAAGCAAGCCGGUGCACGUAGCUUGCGAAUGGCGGUGCGCGAUAUGAUUCGCAGCGUCUUUCAGUGCGACAUGUCGGUGAUGGACGCUUACAUCCCCCAGCCAUGCAAUGUCUCCAGUCUCUUCAUGUGGAGCCACAGCCACGCGCUCUGCUCUCCACCCGCUUGUUUUCUCACAGCUCGCAACGAGAUUAGCAAAGAGCAAGAAUGCAAGCAGCGCUGCGACUCGCAGGGUUUGAAGCUUGCGGAGGCAGCGUGUCGGACUUACAGCCAUGUGGUGUUAAAAGAGGUGCGCUUCUUCGAGUUGGAGUCGCUGUACCCGCUACUGCAGGACCCCACUCUGGAUCUGCGCAUCAUCCAUCUAGUUCGUGACCCACGAGCGGUGCUUCGUUCCCGAGAGAAGUCGGCCUAUGCCCUGGUGCAAGAUAGCGCCAUAGUGCUCGAACAGGCGAGCCUUCCGGAACAGGAUAAGCCAUACAAGGUCUUGCAGGAGAUUUGCCGCAGUCAUGUGCGCAUUUAUGAGACGGCCAUGUUAAAGCCGCCCGAUUUCCUACGGGGACGCUACAAAAUGAUACGUUACGAGGAUCUAGCACGUAACACUCUGGCCGAGAUCGAAGCCAUGUAUGAGUUUGUGGGGCUGGAGAUGACCGAAACUUUGCAGGAGUGGAUCUACCGCAUCACCCAUGGGAAGGGCAAGGGAACGAAGAACGAUGCCUUCAAGAUCACCUCGCGAAAUGCAGAGGACGUCUCCUUGGCUUGGCGAACCACCUUACCGUUUGGUCAGAAUCAACAAAAGAAGUAUCUCAUGUCUUAA